CGCCGGGCCGCUGUCGCCGCCUGUCGCUGGCUGGGCCGGCCGCCGGCUCCGAAACGCUAGCAGAGGGCGGAGGGGAGGGGCAGGCGGCGCCCGGGAGGGAGGCACCGGGCUGCGGGCCAAGCCGACCCGGGGUCAUAAUUUGGGCUUGGAGCAAAAAUGCUUUCAGAACAGACAGCAGCCCUGGGGACAGGAUGGGAGUCAAUGAAUGUACAGCUGGAUGGAACAGAGCCCCAUAUGGAAAGGGGAAGCCAGGAAGAGGGGCCAUGGAGAACAGUACCAGGGCCACUGGAACACCUAUGCUGUGAUCUUGAAGAGGAGCCACAGUCAUUUCAGGAGAAGGCUCAGUCUACUCCCUGGGUUCCUGCAAUUCCCCAGGAGGGGAGCACCGGAGACUGGGAAAUGGCAGCUGCACUUCUUGCAGCUGGAUCACAGGGCCUGGUAACCAUCAAGGAUGUGUCACUGUGCUUCUCUCAGGAGGAGUGGCGAAGCCUGGACCCCUCUCAGACAGACUUUUAUGGAGAAUAUGUUAUGCAGGAAAACUGUGGAAUAGUGGUGUCUCUGAGAUUUCCAAUUCCUAAACUGGACAUGCUUUCUCAACUCGAAGGAGGAGAAGAACAAUGGGUCCCUGACCCCCAGGACUUAGAGGAGAGGGAUAUCCUGAGGGUCACAUACACAGGAGAUGGAAGUGAACAUGAGGGGGACACCCCUGAACUAGAAGCAGAACCUCCCAGAAUGUUAUCUAGUGUGUCUGAAGAUACUGUUCUCUGGAACCCAGAGCAGGAUGAGAACUGGGAUUCCAUGUCCAGGAACUCCAGAGGAAUGCUCCUAGGCCCACCUUUUCUUCAGGAUGAUAAUUUUUCAAACCUUCUGUGUGGCACAGAGAUGGAUUCUCUCUUAAGACCCCAUACAUGCCCCCAGUGUGGGAAACAGUUUGUGUGGGGUUCCCACCUUGCCAGGCAUCAGCAGACACACACCGGAGAGAGGCCCUACAGCUGCCUCAAGUGUGAGAAAAGCUUUGGACGAAGACACCACCUAAUCAGGCACCAGAAAACUCACCUGCAUGACAAGCCCAGCAGGUGUUCUGAGUGCGGCAAGAAUUUCCGAUGCAACUCCCAUUUGGCCAGCCACCAGAGAGUGCAUGCAGAAGGCAAGUCCUGCAAGGGCCAAGAGGUUGGAGAGAGUCCUGGGGCUAGGAAACGGCAGCGUGCCCCACCAGUGCCAAAAUGCCAUGUGUGCACUGAAUGUGGGAAGAGCUUUGGCCGGAGGCACCACCUGGUGAGACACUGGCUGACCCAUACUGGGGAGAAGCCCUUCCAGUGCCCUCGGUGUGAGAAAAGCUUUGGCCGCAAACAUCACCUGGACAGGCACCUGCUGACCCACCAGGGGCAAAGUCCCCGGAGCAGCUGGGACCGAGGGACAUCUGUCUUUUGAAAUCUAUUUCUGCUGCAGCUAUGGUCAGGUCUAUCAGCCGGUGCUAUCAGUAGUCACUGCCAGGGCUGCCUCUCUCUUGCACCCCAAUGGCCAAAAUCAUGAGCCCUGGCCCUAUCCCUAGAUAGAUGAUGCUCCAGCAUUGGUCAAAACAUUUCUCACCAGUUCUGAGAGGACACAUAAAAACAGUUCUUUGGGCAAAAUUUUGGGAAACAAUGCAUACUAUGUGGGCUGAUAUUCAGCCUGAGCCCAUUCUCAAAGGUACAAUGGUACCAGCAGUUAUGGCUGAGGUCCAUUCUCAUUGAUUGGAGUCUGUGCCAUACCACUUGUUAAAUACUUUUGAGUAUCACCCUUGUACACUAAUUAUAUUCUUUCUCUACAUAUACAUAUAUAUUUAUGUAUAUAUGUAGAGAGAGACUAUUUUAGCAUAUUAAAGGCUCUGAAAACUUCUACAGUAAACUAUUUAGUUUCUGUUAAUGCAGUGUUUCCUAAACUUAUUUGACCUCAAUAUCCUUUUUAUUUCAUAUCCCACAGAACUGGUGACUCCAUGAAAUGUACUCUGGUGAACAAUAAAUUAGAAAGUAAUGUGGAAACAGGAAUGAGAUAGUAAUCAGGCACCCAGAGCCCCCUUCUUUAUCCCUGUGAAAGCUGGGGGGCCAGAUGUUGUUCCUGUGUGGGUCUGUCACCCUUACUUGGUCAUCCAUCUACUCGUCUACACAUCUCACCCCCACCUGUUGAAAAAACAAAGGACUUUUUAAUCUCCUAUUCCUAUUUCCUUCAUCUUGCACAUAUAUUUGCCAGCUGAGAGAUCACACUAUAAUGCUAAAAGAUGAACCUUAUUUCCCCAAGUAAUCCAGGCCCACACAGAAGAAAAUACUAUCCCCUCGAACAGAUCCCUCUCCUCUUGACUGUGUCUUUAUGUGUGUCUGUGUGUACAUGUGUGCAGGGUCCUUGAAGAGAGCAUGCUAAGUGCAAACUGUACAAGCUAGGUUUUCUAGGGGCUGUGUUCUGGGGAUGAGGGUAGUGGGGAUUGUAUGGGUUUUUUUGUUUUGUUUCAAAAUAGGAAGCAACCUGAUUGAUAAAGCGAGUCCUAGUGGAAAGGGUUCAAUGAUGGAUUAAGUUGUGUACAAAGUUUCCCCCAGUAUCACUGAGAUCAAGACAUUUGUGGAUUUAUAUGUCUAGGUCUGAAUCUCUGGCUGCAAAUUGUUUUUACCCGAGAGGAGAGCUGUUUUCUUGUUGAUUUCAGGCAAGGCACAUUUAGAAGGUUUGUGCUGAGUGGGUUUUUUUGUCUUGUCUUUUUUAAGUGCUGGAAAAUUAGAACAGGAAUCACAGUGUUUGCAAGUUGUUGUUAUUAAUCUUGACUUUGAUUUCCUCAUCAAGGGGGAAGAGUUAUGCUGAGUAUCUCAUUCUCCCAGAAACAGAACUUUAGAGGAAAAGGCUGUGGCUUAACUUUUCAGCUGAUGCAGGGUAAUGAGCUUUCUGGCUGGUUUUUCUUCCAAUUCUGGAAAGGUGUCCCUAACUUUGACUCUUAGAAUUCUAAGGUAUCCAUACUAGGACUUAUACAAAUAUUCUAGCAUCUGUUAGUUGAUAAGUUGGUCAUUGUUUCUCAUUAUUAGUGAUUGUAUUCGUGCCAAUCUUAUAAUUUAAAAUUUAUCUUGUUAGAGCAGUUUGGGUUAGGAAGGAAGAAAAGCAAAGAGGAUGACAUUGUGAUUUUUCUCUUUAAUGCUUAGAUUCUGGAUUCUCCCUAAGACACUUCUCAACCACAAUUGGUAGAAUUAGCCAGAUGCAACAGGAAGUGAGCUGUAAGAAUUUAAUUUCGUGAUUGCUCCAUCUGCUUAGGAAAAGCUGGGUGAAUCACAGCUCCUUAGAGUCCUGGGAUCAAAUGGAAUUGAAAAUAGGGCCAUUUUUGCUGACUGGGCUUCUUAGACUAAAAGCAAGAGCAGCCCAGCCCCUCUCCCUUUUGCUACUGAGAGCACCCUUCCAUCUUUGCCUGGAAUGCAGUUCUCUUGAUUCUGUUCUUAUGAAUAAAGUAAAAUGGCUGGCCAGCCCUAUGUAAGGAGGCCUUAUCCUAGGUCGUCAGGGACAGGAGCAUUUUAGGGUCAGUAUUAGGAGAUGCCCAAGGAAAUAAGAAAAUUGGGUUCCAGUGUUAAAACUCGACUAUCCCAUUUCUUUUAGCCUCCUACUUUAAGUUCAAAUAUUUAAUACAAAUAAGUUCUAUAUAAAGCUUUCUAUAACAGAAUCUAUUUUGGAUCACAGAUGUGUUUGAUAAUCUGGUAAAAACCAAAAGCUCACUUUUGAGAAAAAUAGACAUAUUAUAAUUCACAUAGUUUUGCAUAUACAUUUAGCAGAUUCAGAGCCCAUCCAUGGAAUCGCUAAACUGUGGUCAAAGGAAGGGAUUUUUCAUGACUCAAUGUGGUUAUUCUAUAUUUAUGUCAAGAAUUCAAGGCAAAGGUCACUAAAUAUUUUAAGGACUAAGAUACCAGAGGCAUCAGGGUAUGAGGACAGAAUCUGAUCUUUAAUGACUAUAAGACUAUUGCUUAGUUCUACUGUGUUUUCAAGAAAUAUCUUACAUGCUGGCAAAUCCAGCUCCUCAUAAACCUUGUCUUAAGCACUUGUAGUAAGUGCUAUUCCUUACUAUCAGGUCAGAUCUCUUAAUAACUACAUGUUAAUGCCCAGCCUUUUAUCUGUUUUAGUAAUUGUAGGGAUAGAAAGUGAAGCCCCCAAAAUGUAGGUGCAGCUGAAAGGCAUCAUGGAGUCUAAGGGCCUUCCACAAAAGGGGCGAUCCAUUGGGUCAUCUCUGGUGUACUAUUGUCUUCUCUACCUCGGUCCAAUACCACCUCCCUUGGACGAAAAAUAAAACAAGCAACAGCCAUCAGAUGAGUGAAUAGAUUUGAAUUAUUUUUCCCACAGGGUAUCACCCUCAAACUUUCAUUUUUCACCUGACACCCAUCUGCCACAUGGCCAUCCUGUUCCCUUUGAAUAAAAAGUGUCUCUGUGUUCUCUCUGGGCAAAAUGUAAAACAGGGAAGUGUAUCUUCAGGAUCCUGUCACAGGUUUCCAUCUGUGGUGACUAUGUCCUAUU